GACAAAGUAAGGGUAAAAGCUUUACGGACGUGAGAGCAAUUGUUAUAGAGAAUCCUCGUCAGGUGAACGAAACGAUUCCGUUUCUCCGCUUACAAAAUAAAUAUCUACACUAACAAACAGACUCUAGAUUGUUCCUUCACACGCCAUUUGCAUUCUUCUCUCUCUUCACUAUCCAACGAAUCUCUCUCUCUCUAAAACAAUGGCUCAGGAAGACGUUGCUGCUGCUAACGGUGCUACUACGGCGGUGGAGAAGGCCGUUACCUUCACGGCGUACAAGCCUCAGCUGAUUGUGGAAGCACACAAGGUCGGUGACGCUGUUGCUUUCUACAAGGCGGUGUUUGGUGCCGUGGAGACUGGACGCUCUCUCUACCCCAAGCGUAAGGCUGACCAAGAGCUCCCUCACCUCGUCUCUUCCGAGCUCGAGCUCGCCGGAACCACCGUCGUUGUUUCUGACGUCUCUGAUGCGAAGACGGGGACUAUGCCUGCGAUCCUCGAGACUGAUGACGUGGAAGCUGCGGUUGCGAAGGCCGUUGCGGCAGGAGCUGUCAAGGUGGAGGAGGAGGAGGAGGGUGGAGUCAAGGGGAAAGUGACGGAUCCGUUCGGGUUCACGUGGAUCUUUGUUACUCCGGCGAAGAAGAGUGAGGAGGAAGGAAACAAAGAGGUCUAACUGUCAACCGUCGGAUCUGAUCAUUUCGUCGGUUUCUGAAAAAAACUUUUUAAUAUUAUUAUCCUAUGCUGCUUUUAUUAGUUUGUCUUUUGUGGUAUCUCCGGUAUGAGUAAACCGGAUUGAUUAGGCUAAUGACUUUUGCUGUGUUUAAUUUCUCACCCCUUUUGACAUAAACUUGGUGAAAGAAAUAACAAAAAUAUCGGAUGUUAAUGUUUUGUUGAUUAUGCUUAUUAGUGGCUUAACCAAUUUUCCUUCAUCGUUUGAUUCGUAUUGAUGUGUAUGCUUGGGAUGGAAUCGUCUGUGUGAAUUUAAAAUGAAUGGUUGGAUAUGUAGAUUAGAUAGAAGCUAUAUACGAAUAAGGGAAGAAUUCUUGAUUGUGAUUAUUAAGUAAUUAAUCUUCGUCUGGUGAUCAGUGUGUUGAAAACUGUGUGCAAACCGUGAGCCUCUGGUUUGUUCCUUUUUGGGUUUAUCUAUUUCCUUUUUUUUUUUGAACAACCGGGUUAUCUAUUUCCAUGUUGGAAAUUGUCAUGAUGUGGUCCUUCCCCUGUCCACACAAAUCUUUGAAUGUGGCUUUGGGCCUUGUGAAGUUUUCAAUUUGGUUAUCUUUGCUUUUUGACUACUUUACGUUGAUAUCAACACGCCAAAAAAUCAUUAUUGUUGAUCAUUAACUAAAGAAACGCUAACACACGAUUUCAGAGAAGGAAAAAAGGUUGAAGGGGCUUAAGAAGUUGGGGAAUGGGGAGCUUGCCAGGCCAAAUUUGCUAGAGUCCAACAGCGAGUUGGUAUCAAUACCGAAAGAAUCGAACCAUGGAGAGAGUUCUUGACGUCACAAAGACAAUUGUAGUCAGGGCCGGUUUACAAGGGGGACAAGCGGUGCGACCACCCCGGGUCCGAGUCCGUGUCCCUCCGUGUAAUGAUAAAUAAAGGGUCCAAUUUUUUAUAAAUCUAUAUUUUUAUAUUUAAAAAAAAUUAUAAAUACAAUAAAUAAAAUUGAAAAUGGCCCAAAAUUAUUUGAUAUGUAUAUAGUUUUAUUUUCAUUACAAAAUAUACAAAAUAUUAUUGAUUAAAUUUUAAAAAUAUUUUAAACAUUAUCUCUAUAUAAAUUUUAGAGAGUAAAAUUUUUUUUUUUUUUGUCUUAGUGUCUGUAGCAGUGUUGAGCCGGCCCUGAUUGUAGUCAGCUUGUUGCAGAGGGUUGCAGCAGAGCUGCGAUGGGCAUGGGCUUGUUGUACUAUCAGUAGCCUUUAGUUGGUCACCACUGGUUUGCACUCAUUUAACUCGGCCUCGGUACUUCUCGGCUAAUGUAGUCAUCACCACCAUUACUAUCCGUUGAGCAAUUUGUAGUCCGCUAGUAUUAUUUUACUAUCAUUUUACUACAAAUGGAUUUGUCAAAAAGUUAUAAAUUCUCAAUAAGAAGAAAAUUAUAAUGGGCCUGAUUUAAGCCCAAAUAUAAAGAGUACCGCACAAACCUUUAAUGGGUUUCUUAUUUAUUUUUAUUCUUUUUUCGUUUUAGUCUGAUUAAAAAAAAAUUAAAAAAGAAUCAAUCGUGGACCGCUACGUGUUAGUGGAGUCCGUAAACAAUUGAAAAAACCCACCGAAAACAUCUCUUAUUUGGCGAGUUAGGCAUACAGUUUUUGGUAUUUUGUGAAUCCUCCUUGUAUUUUUUGCUUAAGAGACCUUUCUUUUUGGAGGGAUAAAGAUACUCUAAGAACAUUAGUUAGUACACAAUAGCUACUUUAAUGCAAUUUUUUUUUUCUUGAAGCAAAAGUUUAAAAUGUGACUUUUACUUAUAAAAGAGUUUAAAAGGAUUACAGCACUUGCUCACAAAUGUUAUGGAAAAUAGAACUCUUCUUUAAAAUUUAUAAUUUGAAUCCCUAGUUAUAUAUAUCCACGACGAUUCUUUGGUCUAAAACAUCUUUUUCUUUAAGCAAAAAAAAAACAUAUUUUUCUUCAAUGGUUCACUGGUUAUACUAUUUUGUGUUUAUCGUUAAUAGUUGAUAUUUUAAAAACAUCUUAUAUUUUUGAGAUUUGAUGGGUUGUCUUGAUAGAACGAUAGUAAUAGAAUUAGGAGUCAUUUACACCGAUAAAAAGCCAUUCCGUUGAUAUAUGCUUUUAACUGCUUUUUCAAUUUUAAAGGCUGCAAUGAGCUGAGCAUUUGCAACUGAAUUAUGCUGGUUCGAAAACUUGCAGUAAUUUUGACCUUACCCCACCUGUCCUCUGUCAAAUAAAACUACUGAUAAAACUAAUUUAUAAUAAAGCCAUUUAUUACAAAGAUAGAAUUUUAUAAGCUUUGAAUCGUCAAUGUUGGUCGCACACUGCACAGAGCACAGAGUUUCAUAACAGAGGUAAUGUUGCAUGUGGCCCCUUCUUCCUAAAGCUCAUUUAUACACUCUUUUGUCUCUAAAACUUUCACUUUCUUAAACAUUUUGUUUUUCAAAUUGGAUAAUUCAAAUGAAGUCCAUAAAAUGUUUUCUGCACCACUAAAUGAAAAUUUUGGAGUAUAUGUUUUUUUUCCAACAAAAAACGGUAAAUAUUAGUAAAGAAUCAGUGAAAUUGAGGGCAAAAGUCAGCUUUAGAGGUCAUAAUACUUGUUAAUUUUUCUUAUUUUUUUUGGACAAAAAUACUUGUUAAUUUAGUAAGUGUAUUUGCAUUCUAUAUCCGCAACUUUUCCCCUAAUUAAAUCAAUACCCUAAAUUCCACACUAUGGUAUCUUUGUUGAUAGACACAAAACUUGUCACAUCAUGUGUAUUUACCUAAUUUCCAACUUCUUUAUAGUUUUUAGCUAAUUGAUUCAUUUAGUAACUUUUUUUUGUAAGUGAAAAUAACGACUGUUUUUUUUUGUCAGCCAUGAAUAUAAAAAUGUUUUUGACCCCAUAUAAAACAAAGUCUAAAGCUUUUUUUUUUGAACAAGUCUAAAGCUAAAAAAGGAUAAAACAUUUGAAAGAUAAAAAAAGUAAAAACAGAGUACAGAACACACUGCAUAAAAGAAAAUAAGAAAAAGACAGUUUUCUAAAAAAAAAGAGCAGUUCUUAAAAAAAAAUAGUAUAAUUUUGUUUAAGAUGUAAAAGAAAAGAAGAAGAAGAGUAGCUAAGCCAACUUAUUUUUCACGGACUCUAGAGAAUUUAAAAAUCUACUCUCUUUUCUUCUCUUUCUCCCUGUGCUUAGAGACACACAGUCCCCCUCUACUCUAUCUCCUACAAGUAUAGACUUUAAGCGUCGAGACAACUUUGUAAGAAACCCAUCUGGCCAUUUAAUAGACCCAAUCUCUCUCUUGCUCUACAUUACUCAAAGCAAACAUCUAACAUCAUCAAACUUAUUAGCCACAACAUACAUGGACUACGAAUAUCGUGGAGAGUACUGCAGGAGGGGAGACGUGCCGGCAUUUGGAAGCUGGAACUGGAACGACGCCGUUCCAUUCACUCAGUGCUUCGAGACAGCAACCACUCCGCAACCUGCUAUUCUCCACUACGCUCCUUACCCUCAAGAUCGCGAUCUUUACCUCGAAGAUGAUCUCUACGACAGCCACCACCACCACCACCUUGUCUCUCCCGCCGUGAUCCUCCUACCUCGACGCAAGUCUAGGGUGGGCCAGGAGCCAAAGAGAGAUACCUCCAAGGAGGAACACAACUUCAAGAACGAGGCGACAAGGUGUCCAACACCGGUGGAGAAGCGGAGGAUGGCGGCACCGAAGCCAGUUGACGAAGACUUGUACAAGGUGUCCCCUCAAGUAAUCUCCUCCAAAUCAACAAAGAAGAGAGGAGGUGUGUUUGGGUGCAUUUCAAGGUGUUUUUUGCCAACAAGCGUGAGAGAUUGAGUCAGACAACACUUUAUUUUCCCUUUUUUUGUUGGUUAUAAUAGUAUAAAAAAACGUUUGCUCGUGAAGUUAUGUAUGUAUUUUUAAACAUGCGUGGUUUAAGCUAAUGUAGUAGUAGCUUUGGGAAAAGCUAGCCAUAUUGUAUUAUUUAUAUUAGUUAAUUAAGACUUAUUUUGCAACUUCUUUAUGUUUUUGAAAGUAGUGUCUAAAUGUGGUUUGAAAAAGAGUGGACUAAUUAAUAGUUACUGAAAACCAGAUAAUGGAUCUAAAUGAUCGGCAGGACAAUGAUAGUUAAGGAAUUUAGUUGUAUAUUUAUGAUAGAUUCUGAAUAUUUAUGGAGUUCAGGCAGAUAGUUUUCAGUAAAUCCAAAUCAUAUUUUGAGACAUUCUAAUUUUAAAUUUGAAGUGAUAAUUAAAACUUGUCUUACAUUUUAAUUAACUAGCGGGUAUUUAAAAAGAAAAUAAAGCUAUCUUUUCGACACAUGUUUUCUAUCAAACCCAUAUACUUUGAAUUACUUGAAAAUAAGAUUGAUCUCUACCCUAGCUAAUAUGGUAUCCCUUCGUUCUUUUUGUUUUUCUACUGGACACUUUUUUAUAACAACGUUGUCUAAACCUCCUCGUUUUCUUUCCACUUUUCACUGUGGUAUGGUAUAUGCAAUUUCUGAUGGUACAUAUUUUGGAUUUCUAUUGAUAGUUCUUGUAGAAGAUAUGCUAAUAAUACCAAAUUUUCAUUCCUUUUCCUUGUAGCGAACCCCUUUUUCUAUCUAAAAAUCAUUCCUUUUCCUUUGCAUUUCUUCUUUUUUUUUUCAAACUUUUUCCUUUGCAUUUCUCUCCUGUUUUCUCAAUAACUUAUAUCUACACUGUACUAUGCCUUUCAUAAAAGCAGCCCCGUUAUGAUUAGGUAACCAAAUGUUUUUGGUUUUGUUUUGGACAGAAUAACCAAUAAACCAGAUGUCACAUACAACGUUUAAGUCUCACUUAGAUGUUAGGCUUCACUCUAAAGGAACUACGACAUCCCUCUCUUUCUUCUUACGUUACAAAUAUUAAAAUCCAGGUUUCAAAAAAAAUAAAACUUUGAAACUCCUUGUGAAAUUUUCUCAUCUUUUUACUAUCUUUUAGAAAACAAAAGAAAAUUACACGUUCAAAUAAAGAGAAAAGUAGUUGAAUUAUGAUUAUCAGAUGUUGUUUAAAGCUUUAGAAAUA